AUGUCCCCGUAUGCGCAGCACCUUCUGAUCUCGACGGGCCGGUCGGAUUGGACUUCGAGAAUAGAAGAUGAGCACAAUAACGGCACUGCGUGGGGGAAAGUGGUGGGGGAUGUCAAGACGCUGUUGGGGAGGCAUGGACAGUUCCACGAUCCCUAUAACAACAUUCUCAUUAAUACUUCGUCGUUCACACCUUCCUCAGAACCGGGGAGAGGUGGUCGAGGUCAAGACGAUAGCGGCUUUGAAGGCGUCGAGGCCCUUGUCUUCCCAGCAUUUCGGCGAUUUAGAGACUUGGUGCCUCUCACCCAGAACGGAAAGUCCAUCGCAGACUCGGGUUCAGGCACGCUGAACGACUUCGUCCGCGGCUAUCUCCUCCCAGAGCCCGACAGACUACACCCCAUCUACAAAGACAUCCCUGAACAACAGCGAGCAGCGAAAACCCGAGAUGCCAAUGUGGCCUCGAAGUUCCACAGCUGGCCCAUCACGAACCCAACGAUAUUGAUUUGCAGCCACCACCAGCGGGACAGUCGGUGUGGAAUAUUAGGCCCGUUGUUACACGAUGAAUUUAGAAGAUACGUCGAUUCGCGGAAGCCCGACGAACAGGGGGUGAAGCUCGUCACGCCGCGGUCACCGGGAGACUUCGUCGCCUCUGAGAGUGACGUUUCAAGUGGGUUCGAAUCGGGACAGCAAGGGGGCAACUUGGAUUCCCAGGGCCAGUCACUAGACGACACCACCGUAUCAUCCAUCUCCAAUAUCGACACGAAUGCUUCGACUUCCGAUUCCAUCCAAGCCCACGUCAAUGUGGGCAUGAUAUCUCAUGUGGGGGGCCAUAAAUGGGCCGGAAACGUGAUCGUAUACAUCCCUCCGACUUUCACCACCAGGUCUGAUCAUCACCCACCUCCUCCGUCAUCUGACAACAUGUCCCAGCGCGCUUCUGGUGUGCCACCACCACAUCCGCUCGCAGGUAUGGGAAUCUGGUACGGCCGGGUCGAGCCGAGACAUGUCGAAGGCAUCAUUGAGCAGACGGUCGUGCAGGGCAAAGUGAUUGAGGAGUUGUUUCGUGGUGGGAUUAGUGCCACCGGGGAGAUAUUGAGGUUGUAA